AAGGAUUUCUAGUCCAGUAGCUGUUCUGUCUCGACGUUUGAGAUGGAAGUUGACGUCGCUACGAAUCCCAUAAAAUUGCGCGUCUUUCUGUGCUUUGUUGCACUCUGCUCGAAUAUUGAUAAGACGGCGUUGACGGUUCAAGCGUAUGUUGACGGAAGUGUUCCCAGUGCCUACCCUGAUCACGCCGACAUUGGUCCUGUACAGAAGAUCUCUUAUCAUAUUGUCAAUGUCACCGCCCUCAAAGCAACAUGGAAUCGACCUGUCACCAAAGAAGACAUUGCAGGGUACACGUUAGAAUGCACGAACCUAGAAAGCCAGAGCUCCAGAAAAAUUGAUGUUUUCACAGCAACAGAGAUUGUUGAAGCAAGCCUGGAGUUACAGGAUCAAGUUGAACCAUUUGAAUGCGAAGUGUGGGCUUUUUCUAAAGACCAAAAUGGAACCACUGUAUCAUUCAACAUUACGACGUUGGGGUUGCAUCCUGUGGCCAACCUCAGUUUCGUUGCUGGAUGUGACGGCAGUUUGCGAGCGACGUGGUCAUACACGGACCAGAACGAAGCUGGAUUUAAUCUUACGAUCUGCUGGCUGUCAGGAAAGAAAUGUGACUCGACUAUCGUGGGAAAGAGCGUUCGGCUGUACAGCUUCUUGGCAAGAGAUUUGGACGUCCAGUAUCGGCUACACGUGAGAGCGAUAGGAAAAAUUUCUGGACUAAAUGUGCUUAGCAAAGAGGUAACGGCGAAUGCCACGUCUUUCCCGCAAGUUCCAUUGCUCGCCGACGUGGUAGUCAAAGGCGUCAGUCCAGAAACGUUGAAGGCCACAUGGCAAACAAAUUGGACGCACGAAAUCCACUUUGAAAUCUGCUGGUUUGCUCGAUCAAACCAACGCUGCCAAAAUUACAACGUCUCAGGCGCACUUCACCAAGCUGCUUUUACAGGCUUACUCCCGGAAACAACUUAUCAUGUAAAAAGCAACGGCCAGGUCACUUACGGCAACCGGACAUGCAUCGGUCCGCAAACCGAACAAGCUGCAUCUACGUAUUCAUUGAAUCCCGGUCCAGUUUGUGAUUUAAAAUAUGAAAUUGACAAUGUGACAAUCCUCGCUGCCCAUUGGAAUGGACCACUUGCCAGCGUCGAUUACGAUGGCUACGUGUUGCACUGCGUCGAAAUUAAUUUUGGCGCAGUGAGAACGAUUGAAAUACCGGAAGCAGAGAAGCACGUAAACGUUUCGUUAGACCUUGAAGAGCAGCUUGCAACAUUCGAUUGUGAAGUGUGGGCUUUUGCUUACAAUGGAACCCAGCGGAACAAUGGCACCAUCACCAGAUUUUCUGUUACAACAAAUGGCAUAGGUGCCCCUGAAAAUGUCACACUUAUUGAACGAACUACGACGAGCUUGGCGUACACGUGGCCAAGAGAUCCAAAGGCACCGAACUGUCGCGUGCGAGUGCUGGCAGCCUACGUGAGUGAAGAAUACGAAAAUAACUGCCCCAGAUUGAGUGACAAAGACGUUCUUCAGUAUAACGUCACCAACCUGACACCCGGACAGCAAUACAAUGUCUCAAUACAGAACUGUGCCGAUUACUGUGGCCUGGAGAAGGUAGUUAAUGACUACACGAACGUUGCUGCACCUUCCGAGGUGAGAAACUUCAGCGCCUCAGUCACGGAUUUUGUGAAAGUGACGUUCAAGUGGGAACAGCCAGCGCAACCAAAUGGCCCCAUUGAUGGUUACCUUAUCCAAGUCGUAAACGAAGACUCGAACGUCACAACCCAAAUUCUUGCAGAUGGAGUCACGACCAAUGUUACCAUUGUGGUAGCAUCUGAGUUUACGUAUUUCCAUUGUGCCAUCAACGCCUACAAUGUUAGAAAGCCAGAACAAGAAAAACUCUCCGGUCCUGGAAUUUCUACUACCUUCGAAUCCCUUGGCAAUGGACCCUUCCCACCAUAUCCAACUACACGUGAUAUUAAAGAAACGGACGCAGCGGUUUACUGGGAGAAAGCAGAAGACCCUAGAUAUAAUAUUACAUCUUAUAGAAUUUCUGUCGAAGGAAAAGGCAGUUAUCCUACUACGGACACCAAGUUUAACUUAAGCAAACUCCACCCUUGGACUAAAUAUGUCGUCGGCGUAUCUUCAUGUGCACAAGAGACUGGUUGCGGUGAAGCAAGAUCCACUUCUUUUAAAACAGACGUGUCUGCGCCAUCAAAGCCGCUAUGGCUCACUACCGGAUCUGUUGGCGCGGAAUGGAUUUACUUUGAGUGGGAACGACCGGAAGUGCCCAAUGGCCCCAUCGACGGCUUCAACGUCAGCGUCGUCGGGCGAAACGUUUCGUUCGAAGCAGUGACGACAGAUUUAUCGUACAACGCAACCCAACUGAGCCCUGGAAUGUUGUACAGAGUUUCCGUGUUCGCCUUCAACUAUGGAUUCCAGAAAGAAAAACGAGGCCCUUCUGCGACGCUCAGAGCGUCCACUUCAAGUAAUGGCAAAAGUACAAGCUCUCUGUUGCUGAUCAUCGCUGUGGUGUCAUUCUUCGUAACAAUCUGUGCUGUUGCUGUAUACUUUCUAUGGCAGCAGUUCAGGACAGAUAUUAGAAGGACACCUUCCGUGGAAGAUGAAGCGGAGCUCCACGCGAUGAAGCCAUGGCUAAGGAUCCGCCGAAAACUUUGCCCUAUGGCUGUGUUCGGACAAGAUGAACUGGGUGAUCGACUUUUUAGCUGAAAAUUUAAAAUGAAUCACUCUGAUUGCGUUCUUUUGGGUGGUGCAUCCGCAUGAGAAUUCCUCACUGGCAAUGUUUAUUAUUUUUGGUCUGCUAACCUAUGAAGUGCAACUUACACACAAGCCACAAUCGACCCCCGAGGUCUAUGUCUUAACACGACUUCGCAAUGCCGCGAGAAGAACUAGCCUCACUUUUAAAGUUCCAUGUUGGGUUGCGUUCUUCUGUGCCACGCAGGUUAAGUUACUGAUGUUAAUACUCAAGCAACCCAUAGUUCUCACCGUCGUUUUAAUAUUUUAAUACCAAUCGCUGUACCGAAGACACUGACUUUAGUGAAUGCAACAAGUUUGUUUGCCCCUCGUACACAGCAUUCCUUACACGGACGUUUGCCAAUCGGUCAAGGCAUUUUGCAGCUGAUGUCUUUUUUUGUGUGUGCUUACGUUGGUGGGGUGCCAAUCUGUUUCAAAUCGGUCGGACUCAAUAUGAGGCGAGCGCCAUCCUUGGCAAGUCUGCGAAAUAUUGUUGCAGCCUCAAAAAUUCUUCGCGCACAUCUGCUUAGUGCAGUGUCAGGUCAAUAAAUGCAACUGUCUUUGUUGGCAGGGAGCGACAUUCUCUCA